AUGGUUUCUAGCCUGCUUCCAAACCCCACCUCGGCUGAGUGCUGGGCAGCACUUCUACAUGAUCAUAUGACUCUUGAUAUGGACGCAGUCCUAUCAGACUUUGUUCGGUCCACAGGGGCAGAACCUGGUCUGGCCAGAGACCUUCUGGAAGGCAAAAACUGGGACCUGACUGCAGCUCUGAGUGACUAUGAGCAACUCCGACAAGUGCAUACUACCAACCUGCCACAUGUGUUCAAUGAAGGAAGGUGCCCCAAACAGCUGGAGCGAGACCCGCCACCACCCGGGCACAAGGUGGAAUGGCCCUGCCCACAGAGGCAGGACGACAUUGCCCAAGAAAAGCGACUUUCCCGGGGUAUCUCCCAUGCCAGCUCAGCCAUCGUCUCGCUGGCCCGGUCCCAUGUGGCCAGUGAAUGCAACAACGAGCAGUUUCCCCUGGAGAUGCCAAUCUACACAUUCCAGUUGCCAGAUCUUAGCGUGUACAGUGAAGACUUCCGGAGCUUCAUUGAGCGGGACUUGAUUGAGCAAGCGACCAUGGUUGCUUUGGAGCAGGCAGGUCGCCUGAACUGGUGGUCCACAGUGUGCACAAGCUGUAAACGGCUUCUUCCUUUGGCCACGACGGGGGAUGGGAACUGCCUUUUACAUGCUGCCUCACUGGGGAUGUGGGGGUUUCAUGACCGGGACCUGGUCUUGCGGAAGGCUCUCUACACCAUGAUGAGGACAGGGGCAGAGAGGGAAGCUCUGAAGCGGAGGUGGCGGUGGCAGCAGACUCAGCAGAACAAGGAGGAGGAGUGGGAGCGCGAGUGGACAGAGCUGCUGAAGUUGGCAUCCAGUGAACCACGCACACACUGCAGCAAGAAUGGUGGCUCAGGUGGAGGCGUGGACAACUCAGAGGAUCCUGUCUAUGAGAGUCUAGAAGAGUUCCAUGUUUUUGUCCUGGCCCAUAUAUUAAGAAGACCGAUCGUUGUUGUAGCAGAUACAAUGCUAAGAGACUCAGGUGGAGAAGCUUUCGCCCCAAUCCCAUUUGGAGGGAUUUACCUGCCGUUGGAGGUCCCUCCCAACAGAUGCCACUGCUCACCUCUGGUUCUAGCCUAUGAUCAAGCUCACUUCUCUGCCCUCGUGUCCAUGGAGCAGAGAGAUCAGCAAAGAGAACAAGCCGUGAUCCCUCUGACAGACUCUGAACACAAGCUGCUGCCCCUGCACUUUGCGGUGGAUCCAGGGAAGGACUGGGAGUGGGGGAAAGAUGACAACGACAAUGCCCGGCUGGCCCACCUGAUCCUGUCGCUAGAAGCAAAGCUGAACCUUCUGCACAGCUACAUGAAUGUGACAUGGAUCCGGAUCCCCUCCGAGACCCGGGCCCCUCUAGCACAGCCCGAAUCCCCCACGGCCUCAGCAGGAGAGGACGUGCAGUCCCUGGCCGAUUCGCUGGACUCAGACCGGGAUUCGGUGUGCAGCAACUCCAACAGCAAUAACGGCAAGAACGGAAAGGACAAAGAAAAGGAGAAGCAGCGCAAGGAGAAGGACAAGACCCGUGUGGAUUCCGUAGCCAACAAGCUAGGCAGCUUCAGCAAGACACUGGGCAUCAAGCUGAAGAAAAACAUGGGCGGCCUCGGAGGCCUGGUGCAUGGGAAGAUGGGUCGAGCCAACUCGGCCAAUGGCAAGAACGGAGACGCGACGGAACGCAGCAAGGAAAAGAAGGCCAAGUCACGCAAGGGCAGCAAGGAAGAGUCGGGCACGUUGGCGGGCACGUCGCCAUUGGAAAAGACCACGCCGUCGCCCACGGACAAGGCUGUGGGCGCGUCGCCAGCCGACAAAGGAGGCGGGCCGCGCGGCGACGGCUGGAAGUACAGCACGGACGUGAAGCUGAGUCUCAACAUCCUGCGCGCCGCCAUGCAGGGCGAGCGCAAGUUCAUCUUCGCAGGCCUGCUGCUGACCAGCCACCGUCACCAGUUCCAUGAGGAGAUGAUCGGCUACUAUUUGACGAGCGCGCAGGAGCGCUUUAGCGCCGAGCAGGAGCAGCGGCGCCGCGACGCCGCCGCCAACACCGCCUCCACCGUCAAGCGGCUGCCGCGCAAACCCGAAGCCGAGGGCGGGCCGGGCCCCGAGUGCGCCUCGCCGGGCCCGCCAGUAGGAGCGCCUACCCAGCUGGUGCUCAAGUUCAAGGAGCCGCCUGCACGCCAGAGUAUCAUCCACGUGCAGGCGGCGGGCGCGCGGGGAGAAGAAUCGUGCGCGCCGGCCGUGGGCGUGCUGCGCCCUUGCGCCACGUACCCGCAGCAGAACCGCUCGCUGUCAUCGCAGAGUUACAGCCCGGCGCGUGCCGUCGCCCUGCGCACCGUUAACACGGUAGAGUCGCUGGCGCGCGCCGUGCCUGGGCCCCUUCCCAGCGCUACAGCCGCGGGCGCGGAGCACAAGUCGCAAACUUAUACCAACGGCUUCGGCGCCGUGCGCGACGGCUUGGAGUUCGCCGACGCUGACGCAGCAGCCGCCUGGUCGAACGGUGAGGGCGGCCGCAGCGGGCCAGGCCCGGCACAGCGGCGCUGCCAGCGGGAAAACUGCGCUUUCUAUGGUCGCGCCGAGACUGAGCACUACUGCUCAUACUGCUAUCGCGAGGAGUUGAGGCGGCGGCGCGAGGCGCGCGGGCCCCGUCCAUGA